AUGAAGCAACACCUUUCUGGGGUUAAAGAAACAGUGAGUGCAUGCCAAAAAGUUAGUUUAGAGGUUCAGCUUGAAAUCAAAGAUUUGAUGGAUGCUCAUGCGCAAAAAAUUAAGGCCAAGAAAGCGAUGGCUGAAGAUUUAGAUGCUUACGAAGAAGAUGAAAUUCUGGAAAUUCCUUCUCAAACAGAGGUUUCGAAUGGAAAAAGGAAAGCUUCAUAUGCUAUUGACUCAUUUUGUAAAAAAGGUGUAAGUCUUUCUUCCCAAUCUAGUAUUAAAGCAUGCAUGCAAAGUAAAGACAAAUGGAAAGAUACUGACUUGGCCAUUGCAUUGUGGUUUUAUGAUGCUUGUAUUCCAUUUAAUGCUUGCACUUCACCUUACUUUCAAGGUGCGAUCAAUAAAAUAGCUAGUAUGGGUCAUGGAUAUACACAUCCUUCUUAUCAUGCUUUGCGUGUCAAUUUAUUGAAUGAUGCUAAGACACAUGUUACGUUGAUGAUUGACUCUAUUAGAGAUACUUGGGCUGACACUGGUUGUACCAUAAUGGGGGAUGAUUGGAUUGACAUUAGGCAAAGGUUUUUGAUUAAUUUUUUGGUUUACUGUCCAAAGGGGAUUUCAUUUAUCAAAUAUGUUGAUGCUUCUGAUAUUUGCACAAAUGCUGAUACAUUGUGUAAUUUGUGUGAUGAUAUUGUGGAGUGGGUUGGUCCUCGUAAUGUUGUUCAUAUGGUAACGGAUAAUGGGGCCAAUUAUAAAGCUGCGGGUUCUAGACUCAUGGAGAAAUAUCAAUUCAUUUUUUGGUCACCUUGUGCAGCUCAUUGUGUUAAUUUGAUAUUUAAAGAUGUUGGAGAUAUGCCCACAGUUCAAUCUUUAGCCGUUCUUGCAUCAAAAGUUACUGUUUUUGUGUAUAAUCAUAAGUUCGCCUUGAACUGGUUAAGAAAUCGAAAGAGGUGGCGAGAAAUUAUCCGUCCUGGUACAACUCGAUUUGCAACUACCUUUAUUGCAUUACAAAGUUUGUAUGCGCAUAAUGAUGAUUUGCAAGCAUUGGUUGUUAGUCCUGACUAUAAGCAAUAUUUAAAGAUGCAAAAAGGUAGAGAAGUAAAACAAAUUGUGUUGGAUGAGAUUUUUUGGAAUAACUGCUUGGUGAUUGUGAGGGUUAUGACGCCAUUGAUACGACUUUUGCGUCUUAGUGAUACUGAUGAAAAACCAUCUAUGGCGUAUUAUCUAAAUCCUGCUUUUCAGUAUGACAAAUCUGCUUUUUGUACUGAGCCUGAGAUUAUGGGUGGAGUUUUGAAUAUUAUGUUUUUCAUAAUUUUUUUUAAAAUAGAUGAAUGGUGGAGAUUGUUCGGUUUCGACGCGCCAAACUUGCAAAAAUUGGCUAUAAAAAUUCUUAGUCAAACUGCUUCUUCUUCUGGAUGUGAGCGCAAUUCGAACGUAUUUGAACGCAUCCAUACCAAGAAAAGAAAUAUAUUGGAGCAUAACAGACUGAACGAUCUUGUUUACGAUCAUUAUAAUUUGCGAUUGAAAAAUAGGUUGGUUGUCUCCAAGAGAUCAUACGAUCCAGUUGAUUACGAGUCAAUUGAAAAAACGGAAUUUUGGAUUGUGGAAAAUGAGGAAGAAGGAGAACUUGACUAUGAUGAACUUGAAAAUAUGGUGCAAGAAGAAUAUCCAAAGGAUGGCGUUAGAGAGUCAAGCACACAAGAGCAUGAGUUCGAUGUGAUGACAUCCCAUGGAGGAGAUGAAGGUGGAGAUGAAGAUGAAAUUGGAGAUGAGUACGAGGAAGAGUGA